UUCCUUUCAGUGUGAGAGCCGACUCACUUCCCGACAGUGUAUUUUUGGGAGGGACAGUAGCAGUUGGGGGAUUGCACACGGACUAGCGCCAGAGAUUCGCAUUAGGACAGAAUGGAACAGCAGCCCAUCUAUAACCCGAUUAUCCCUUUCAUUGGGACUAUCCUUGGUGGACUUCAAGAUGGAAAGAUGAUUGUCGUUCAAGGGCAGGUGCCAGGACAUGCCAAGAGGUUUGCAGUGGAUUUCCAGUGUGGCAGCAUUGUGAAGCCACGUUCUGAUAUUGCCUUUCACUUCAACAUACGUUAUGAUGAGGGGACUGUGGUUUGCAACACAUUGGAGCGUGAGCGUUGGGGAACAGAAGAGAGGAAGCCUCAGACACCUAUCCCCACUGGCUCUUACUUUGAACUGAUCUUCCACGUGCGUAGUUACUGUUUUCAGGUAUCUGUGAAUGGUUCUCAUUUCCUUGAGUAUUCUCACAGGAUUUCCUACAAUAGAGUGGACACACUCUCAAUUUCUGGAGAUGUCCAUGUGAAUACCCUCACCUUCAGAAACCCAAAUGUUCCUCCACCUUAUGCUCCUCCUGCUUACACUCCAAUUCAAGCUUUCAAUGUUCACUCCAUGUUUAGCUCCAAACCUGCUUUUCCUUUUGCUGCACCGUGCAAGGAAGUUAAAGCACCUACUCAUGUGACUGUAAAUAAUCCACCGGUUCCAUACCAGGCGUACAUAGGAGGUAUCAAGCCGCAGCAGAAGAUAAAGAUUAUUGGGACUGUGAAUGUCAAACCUUACAGGUUUACCAUUAAUCUGAAGGUGAGUUAUUAUGACAACAUCGCCCUCCACAUCAAUCAAAGAUUUGAUGAAAAUGCAGUAGUGAGGAACAGUUGCAUCAACAAGAAGUGGGGCACAGAGGAGAGGAGCCUGCCAUUUCUCCCAUUUUUGCCUGGUCAAACAUUUGAGAUGCAGAUUAUGAUUCAACCAAUUUGCUACAAGAUCUUAGUCAAUGGAAGACACCUCUUCAACUUCAACCAUCGUGUGCAGCCUCUGAAUCAGAUCGAUCAAUUGGAGGUCACUGGUGAUGUCAGUCUUUCCCUUGUGGAGUACUAAUAUUUUGAAGUAAACAUUCUGCUGAAUUUUAUCCUUGGUAGAAUCCUUUCCCCUUCACAAGUACAAAUUCUUUUAGGUUUGUCUUUUCUAGAAGAAUAAUCCUUUAAUCUCAAUCGUUAGUCUAAAUCCCCCUUCCACAGGGCCUAAUCUGUGGUGAUUUUGUUUGAGUGUAGUGAAGAAGUCAAUUCCUCACUUGCAUGAUUAACAGCAGUGAUUCAUGUGGAUCUUGUCUAGUGUUUGAGUUUUCCCCCUCCCUUAUUCCAUACCCAUCACAGCGAUUUAUAAAAUUAUACAAUGACACAGAAAAAAAAGCCCCCUUUCGGUCAAUACCAUUUCUUUGAAAAAGCCAUCCAUACAGACCUACUCUCCUCUGAAAACACACAACAGUUUAUAAAGGAGAUAUUGUCCAUAUCAUGAAUUUGCUGUAGCAUCUUGUGGAAAUCCAUGUGACAUACCAAGAUGGUGGCCAGCAGAUAACAUUGAGGAGAACCCAAACGUUUGUUCAAAACACAAACAUCUGUGAAAUAAAAUGCUCCAUAGUCUUUUCACGUGGAGCACAGGUGUAGGAGAAGGCCAUUCCACCUCCAGUUCGAUCAUGCCUGACCUGUAGCUUAACUCCAUUUUAUUUACAGACUUGUUUCUAGUUCCAGGUUUCCACAACCCUUUGUGCAAAAAGAUUCUUCUUAACAUUUAACCUCCCCCACCCUUCCUCCAUUUAAACAACAUGGCUUGAAUUUUAAGCUUUGUUCCCUUUUGUUCUGGACUCCCGUUUAACCUUCUCAUCAGCACCUACAGUUUCUCUCCAUCUCAGACAGCAAUCGUGUUUAAAUGUUGUUGUAAACUCUAUAAAGCAGGAGAGUCAACAUUUCGGGCAUGAGCUCUUCUUCAGGUUUAUGCCUGAAACGUCGACUCUCCUGCUUCUUGGAUGCUGCCUGACCUGCUGCGCUUUUCCAGCAACACAUUUUCAGCUCUGAUCUCCAGCAUCUGCAAUCCUCACUUUCUCCUAGAAAACUCUAUAUAAAGACUGAAUUAUAUCUUUUGACCGAACGUCUGUCUGUAUAAUGCUCUAAUGAUGGAAGUCUUUAAAAAUGUAUACUGAUGAAAACAACCUUUGCAUGUUAUUUGCUUGCUCCCAUGUCAAUGUUUUUGUCAAUGUAACUUGGCUAUCAGUUUUUGCUCAGCAAUUCUGCUUUGUUGUGUACCUCGAAGACCACAUCAGAGAACGCUUACCCAAAGAUCAGAGGCUAAAUGUCCUUGACUGCUGAACCAUUCCCCGACUGGGAGGGAACAUUCCUGUCUGGCGAUGGUUGUCGGCGUCUAUUUGUUUGUUGUCAUCGCAUCUGCAUGUUCUUGCCAUUAUACCAUACCAUAGACAACAUUGGCCGAGUCACGAGUAUAUGCCGUGAAGACCCAUGAAGACGGCCUCAACAGUGAUCAAGCAUUCAAGUCGCGUUGUACCUAACCCCACCACACUGUUCUAUAUCUGCAAAAUCUUCCUUACUGUCCUGUUUUGACACCAUCACCAUGACGAAUUGUUAUGAUCUCUUGACCUUAAUUAGUUUAUACAGUUUGGAUUACUUACUACUUUGGUUAGUCCCUCAACUCUUAUAUCUAUCAUGUUAUUCCAGGCAUUUGGUUUGCCUCCAGCACCACUUUAUUUUUAAUUCUUUGUAAUUAUCUCUCUCUGCCUCAUUUAAUCAGUUUAUAGGCCAUCCUUUUGCUUGUUAUUCAACUAGGUCUGUGUGCUUCUCUCUCACUUCACUUGACAAAGGGGCUAUGUUCUGAAAGCUUGUGAUUUCAAAUAAAUCUGUUGGACAAUAA